ACCUGGUAUUGCCACCUACCACAAGCGACGUUCCCUCCACCAAACCCACUUUUUUUCAAAGUAUUCUUCUCCUUCUCUCAUCGUAUUCUUAGUCCUCUAUUUCUCCCCUCUGAAACUACUUUUCUCUCUCUACCCAUCAGAGUUCCAAGGCUCUCUCUCUACCCAUCAGAGUUCCAAGGCUCUCUCUCUACCCAUCAAAGCUCCAAGCCUCCUCUUGAUCAAGAAUGGAUCUUAAGCUAUUGCUUCCAUCUCCAAGCAUCCAAACCACCCAUCUUCCCAAACUAUUCAAGUCCAACUGCUUUUGGGUUUCUCAAAAUAGGCAAAAACCAUGGUCUUGUUUCAAAGUUUCAGCUUCUGCAACAAAUCAGGUUCAGCCCAUUGGAGCAUAUGCAACUUCUCCUUACAGGUUGGAGAAGAAGAAAAGGGUAGAUGAGAGUGAAAUCCUGACUCUUGACAAUAUAAGGCACUCUUUGAUCAGACAAGAGGAUAGCAUAAUUUUCAGCCUUCUUGAGAGGGCUCAGUAUCGCUAUAAUGCAGAGACUUACAAUCCUAGAGCCUUCUCCAUUGAUGGGUUUCAAGGCUCUCUGGUUGAGUACAUGGUCAGAGAGACUGAAAGGCUUCAUGCACAGAUGGGAAGAUACAAGAGCCCAGAUGAGCAUCCCUUCUUUACAGAGGAUUUGCCUGAUCCUCUGUUGCCUCCUCUGCAGUACCCACAGGUUUUGCACCCAGCUGCUGAUUCCAUUAAUAUAAACAAAAAGAUCUGGACUAUGUAUUUCACUGAUCUUCUUCCUAGACUGGUCAAGCAGGGAGAGGAUGGAAAUUUGGGAUCCGCCGCAGUUUGUGAUACAAUUUGCUUGCAGGCACUCUCUAAGAGAAUGCACUAUGGCAAGUUCGUCGCAGAGGCAAAAUUCAAGGAUGCCCCUAUCGUCUACGAGUCUGCAAUCCGAGCAAAAGAUGGUGACCUAUUGCUCCAUCUUUUAACUUAUGAGAAGGUUGAGAAAGCAGUCAAGGAGAGGGUGGAGGAGAAGGCAAAGAUUUAUGGGCAAGAGGUUGAGCCAAGCAAGAAGCAAUUAUGGGUUAAUGGUGAGAAAGAUGAAAAUGAAUCAAAUCGCAAAAUAGACCCAACCUUGGUUGCUUCCCUUUAUGAGGACUGGAUAAUGCCUUUAACUAAGGAAGUUCAGGUCUUAUACCUGCUUAGAAGGCUGGACUAAGCACUAAGCAUUAAAAAAAAAAAGGAAGUUCUAAACAAGAGAAGUUGGCAGUUCUAGUACAGUUGUGAGUGAUUUCUUAGUUAAACUUCAAAUGCUUUGAAGCUAUAGAGUGUUUUCCUAAUGCAAGAGUGAAUUUCAAGGAGUGCUGUUCAAUGUAAAUAAAUAAAGGUGUUCAUAUGCAUGCUCCUUUUUCUUUAUGAAUAAAUA